UGAGCAAAAACUGGGGAAGUGUACUUGGAGAAGCCCUAGCAAUUACUUUAGCAACGUCCAACGUUCAACUAAACUCAAGCUUAAGCGCACCCAACUUUCUCGCGGCCGGCAUCAAUGAACAGCGACGAAGUGGCUGCUCACGACGACGAUGAGGACGACAAUAUCGACCCUCUCGCAAUCCUCUUACCUCCACCGGAAGACGACGGCGACGGAGAAGAAGGCAAUCCCGCCCAACCCAACCAACUGGAGCAUCACCACCUCCGGUCAGUCAACGCCACCAUCGCCAUCCGCCAGCUUCCUUCGCAGGGCCUCUCCUUCCAGCUCUGGCCGGCCGCUACCACUCUCCUCAACCUCCUCGACUCCCACAUUUCCGACCCCGCCGCGGGCCCCCUCUCCCCGAUCCUUGCCGACCGCCGCUGCCCUGGCCAACGGCGGCUCAGCAUCCUCGAGCUCGGCUCCGGCACCGGCCUCGUCGGGAUCGCCGCCGCUGUCGCCCUCGGCGCCGAUGUCACCGUCACCGACCUCCCGCACGUGGUCCCCAACCUCCAGUUCAGCGUCGACGCGAACGCGGCGGCCCUGGCGGCGGGCUCAGGCGGAGGAGGGGCGGUCCGCGUGGCGGCGCUCAGGUGGGGGAAGGCGGAGGACGUCAGGGCUCUGGGGGAGGAGUACGACGUGAUCCUGGCCUCGGACGUGGUGUACUACGAUCACCUGUACGACCCUCUGGUGGAGACACUGCGAUGGCUGUUCGAAGGGAGCGACAGGAGGGAGGAGAUGGUGUUCGUGAUGGCUCACCUGAGGAGGUGGAAGAAGGACUCGGCCUUCUUCAGGAAGGCAAGGAAAGCGUUUGACGUGGAGGUGAUACACAUGGAUGAGCCGCGUGGCGGGUCGAGGAUCGGAGUGGUCGUCUACCGUUUCGACUGGAAGAGGAAAAGGGCUGCGAAAUGCGCGACUCCAUCGGACACCGUCUCUUCCGAUUUAACUAAGCAUUCGGUAUGAGAUUGAUUGUUGACACCGGAAGAGAGCAUUGCAAAGACGAAUGCCAUCGCCUUUCACUGUUACUUUUUUCUAAGCACGCCAGACUUCACAUUUUCAAUUUUACAUUGAGGAUUGAUGGCUCAACC